AUGAACACACUCGCGGACCAGUGUGUUCUCGGUAGACGGAAGUAUCGUUCCCGUCUAGGUCACACAGAAAUCGGGUCACGAGUUUGAGGUAGCAGUUGGGAAUUCUCGAAACCAGCCACUCGACCAAAACAACUUGGCAAAUGAGUGAAAAAUCUUGACGAUACAGUUUGGGGAACAGAUCGUUCCACUUGCGCGGCGGAGAUGUCUGGGAACGUUAGUAUUUCUCAAGAAGAAAAUGGCAAAGUCAGUCAAGUUAUUCGCAUGGGAACAAGGAAGAGCCAGCUGGCUCGCAUUCAAACAGACAGUGUGGCCGGCAGACUGAAAGAGCUUUAUCCAGACAUUCAUUUAGAAAUAGUUGCCAUGUCUACAAUUGGGGACAAAAUCCUGGACACUGCAUUAUCAAAGAUUGGUGAAAAGAGCCUCUUUACCAAAGAGCUGGAGAAUGCCCUCGAGAGAAAUGAAGUGGAUAUUGUGGUGCACUCUCUUAAGGAUUUACCUACCUCACUGCCCCCUGGAUUCACUAUUGGAGCCGUUCUUCAGAGGGAAAAUCCCCACGAUGCAGUGGUGCUUCAUCCAAAGAAUGCUGGACUAACCCUAGACAGCUUGCCAGAGAAGAGCGUGAUUGGCACAAGUUCACUUCGCAGAGCAGCUCAGCUGAAGAAACGAUUCCCUCAACUAGAGUUUGCAAAUAUUAGAGGGAACCUAAACACCCGUCUGAAGAAGCUGGAUGAAAAGGACGACUAUGCUGCCAUUAUUCUGGCCGCAGCAGGCCUUAAACGUAUGGGCUGGGAAAGCCGAAUCAGUCAGAUUCUGGGCCCUGAAGAUUGCAUGUAUGCUGUUGGCCAGGGAGCACUGGCAGUGGAAGUCAGAGCACAAGAUAAAGACAUUCUGGAAAUGGUGUCUGUCUUGCACCAUCCAGACACAGUGCUGCGGUGCAUCUCAGAGAGAGCUUUUCUCAAGCAGCUGGAAGGAGGCUGCAGUGUGCCUGUUGCUGUUCAUACAGAAGUGAAAGGGUCCAUGCUGUAUUUGACUGGAGCGGUUUAUAGUUUGGAUGGUGCUGAUUGCUUGAAGGACACUAUGCAGACGGUUGUGGAAAUUGACAACAAAGUGAGCGAGAGUGCACAGGAGUGUGUACACGUUGGAGUCACUGCCAACAAUGUAUCAUCAUCAGCCCUCGAAGCGGCUGAGAAACUGGGAAUGGAUCUGGCAAAUGCUCUCCUUAAUAAGGGGGCCAAAGACAUUCUCACAACAGCCAGGAAACUAAAUGAUGCUCGAUAACUGGCUUUUUAUAUUUUGUGCACUGGAGUAUUAGACCUAGUUUUGGAACCUUUGACAUGCUGUUAACGUGGAUAAACAGUACACUCAACUAUAUGCUCUAUAGCUUAAAUACAACCUUGAUUGGCUGUAUAAAUCUAUGUAAAAACAACCAACAAAUCACUUCGGACACUAUACCUCAGUGCCUCAGUUUAACAAUGAGGCAGCACCAAUUUUUCUGGUUCAUACACAAGACACUGACAUUUCUACUAUUGUGACUACCGUCGUCUCCUCUCAGGCACAGAAUUCUGGAAGAAUUCAUGCUAAUAGUCUUCCAUUUCUAAUGAUGCCAGACUGCCAUCAUCUAUGAACCACUUGAAAAUGAGGUGGUCAAAAUACCUACCUUUUAUAUCUGGCCAUGGUUUUGAAGUGUAGAAUUGAGUACAUUUGAUCUUUAUAUACCUCUCACAAAAUAUGGCAUUUUUUGUAACAGCUUAUUCUCAGUUUUUAAUAUGAUGCAUUUUAGUAAUGCAGAAUAUUCAUUAACCACAAGGUGGUAAGACAUGGUUUAAGAAUUUGGGCUCCAUGUAAGAUUUGACAUAUGCAAUUUAAAGAAAAAUGCUUGUUAUUAUCAGUUUUAUAUUUAGAAUAUCUUAUAUAGUUUUGAUCCCACAAUGUGCCUUCAAGAUGUGAUCACAUUAACCAGCAAAUUUUGACCAAUGUUAGUUUCUUUAUAUCAAUAUGAAAAGUUAAUGUAAUAAAACAUUGAUACCACCA